AUGACUCUAACGGCUGCUCAAAUGGGUCUUUGUUUUCAAUCAUAUUGGUACAUGUGGUUAACCAAUGGUCUAUCAGGUUUACUUUUUAUGGGUAUUGAUAUUGGUAUUGCUGCAUUUUUUUUGACAAAACUUAAGAAAAAUCCAUCGAAAUAUCAACGUCCACCAACUGUUGAUAAUCGACCAAUUAGUCCAACUGAUAUUAAUACUGUUGAAGAUACUGAAAGAAAGACGACUAGUAGAAGAUCUGCAAUACGUGGUUCUUCAGCUAAAUUAGAUAAUUCCAAUUCAAUGGAAAUAAGCGAUGAUUUUUCUCAUGCAACAUGUGAAAUAAUAAAUCUAUUUCGUCAACAAUAUGAUGCUCCACCACUAGAAUUAGAUGAUAAAUUAACUGAUAUUGCACAAGAUUGGGCUAAUCAAAUGGCUGAAACUGGUAAAUUAGAACAUAGACCACUUGAAUAUCGUAAUUUUGGAAGACAAUCACUUGGUGAAAAUUUUAUGGCACAAUUUCAAACUGAAUUAACAGCUAAUAAAAUGGUACGAAAAUGGAUGAAAGAAGGACGUAAAUAUAGAUUUGGUUAUGAUGGACGUAGAGAUACAGAUAAUUUUACACAAUUAGUUUGGCAAGGAUCUCGACAAAUUGGUGUUGGACGAGCUCAAUCUGCUGAUGGAAAUUGGUGGUAUGGUGUUGUCGUCUUUGAUCCACCUGGUAAUAUUCCAAAUCAAUAUGCUGAAAAUGUAAAAUUUCCAGGUCCAUAA